AGAGUACCGCGGUGCAAGGAGGGGAGAUGGGAGGAAAGGUUUUCUGUGCUGGAGCAGGGGGCGGGUAGGUAAUGUUAGGUGUCUGCGCCCGGGGAGUUCGCUUCGGCCGGGUGGAUGUGUGUGUGAGUAGCGGCGGCCUGGCCCGGGGCUGUGCUGCAGCGAGGGGGAGAGAAGGGGCAGCGGCGGGGUGAGGCCUGGCGGGCCGUGCUGUGGCGGGACGCGCUCCGGGGGCCCGGCGCCUCGCCCCGUGCUGGGGCUGUGCUUCCCUCAAAUAAGAACGGGACUCGUCGUCCUGGAACGGGCUGUGUUCUGGGAGGCGACGUGUUGAAUUCUCAGGGCCUGAAAUAACCGGGUGACAAAGCUUGCAGCGAGCAGAAAGGCUUUCCAGCCCCGUGUGUGAUAAGCGGACGCUGACCGUCAAGCCCUGGCGGCCGGGCCGAAGGACACCCUGGCGAAGGGGAUGUCCUGACGUGAGAGAGAAGGGCAGGCCGCCUUGCACUGCGGGUUUUGGUGUUGGCCUCCUUGAGGCCGCGCAUCGCGCCGGCCUGAGCCUCAGCAACUACCUCACGCUUUGCUUCUCUUCCCGUUCUGCUCUUUGCUUAUCGUUAGAAAAAAAUAGUCUUCAAGUUCUACAGCAGCAAACCUGGAAGUUGCUUCAGUUAUCACUUCAUUGCUUCCUAUCCGAGAAACCCUCUGUCAUAUACCACUGGGAUGAGGUGUGGAGGCGUUAACUUUAAGUAGUUGGAACUGCUGUAAAAGUCAAGGCUUGUGUUAAAGGCAUGGCAGGGUGUUUGCCUUUCUUAGCCUGGUGCGUUUACUGGUAGUCAUAAGUCUCAAGCAAGUGGUAGAGCAAGGAACGGCCACCCUUUCUUCUGGGAAGUUCUCCGAGUGAGGUUUGAAAGAUGUCCAAAAAGAGACUGAAGAAAAUAAAGGAAGACAAUUUGAAUGGCCAGGAUGACAAAGUAGGAUCAUCUGUAUUAUUAUACUUUUAAUCACAUCCCCGCAUGAAAGAGAGUGAAUUAUUUAGCAGUUUUGUGAUGGAAGAAUAAAAUGAAAUGCUCUUCACCAAGAGCAGCAGGAGGGUUGAUUGUUCACAUAGCUGCAAGUUCCAGCCAGAACUCUGAAGUCACGAGGUCUUACAGUAAAAGUGUGGAAAGACAGACAGAAUUUCAAAGAUUCAAAACAAGGAAAGGCAGACAAGAGAGGAAACAACACCAAAGUUCUAAUACUGGUGCUGAUGGACGAUCCCAAGGAAAAUCUCCAAAUGAAAGCAAAACCACAGCUAUUUCUUUAAUUGAAUCUGAAAAGCGAAAGAGAAUAGUUAUACAUUUUAAAUCCAAAGAAGUUAAACAUGGAAAAAGUACGGGCGCUGCUGAUGUAGUGACAACUAGCAGGGGAAGUUGUAACAAAGGUCCUUGUGAUGGUACAGGAAGAAAAAGACUGUGUCAUAGCUUUGCAGUUCAGAGAGACAAGGUGGUGAAGAAAAGGAAAGUUGAACUCUGUAAACUAAAGGUAAAAGCUGAACAAACUGUGUUGGGAAAACGUAUGUCAUCUGUGUAUAAUUUAUAUGUACCUCAUAAAAAGGCAGACAGAUCUAGAAAAAUGAGUGAAGAUGUCAGAAUUGAAAAAAAGCCACCUAGCACAUCUACAGAGACUGUGCAUCAUGAUAGACCUGUCACUAAGAAGUCAAAUACAUUAUCUAGGACUUGUGAAGAAAAGUAUAAAGAAGGAUAUAAGGAAUUUUCUAAGAAAAAUCAACAUGAUAACAAGCAUACAUCACACUGCUCAACUGAAACACUGCAGCAAUGGGACUGUUCUAAAUGGAAAAAACAGGAUGCUGAUCAAGUUGGUUGUAAUUCAGGGACUGAAAAAGAGGACUUUGAAGCCACAGCGUUAUGUUUUAAGCAGGGCUUUCCAUCUCCUCAAAGCAAGGCAGUCUUUCUGUUGCCUGAAGGCUGUGAGUACCUAGAAGGUGACCAAGAGAUGCAGAUAGUUGAGGAUUUGCAUGUUGCUCGUGUUGAAAAGAGGAUGGCCCAAUCUGUAGUACAGACUUGUGGAGAACUUACAAGUAUGGAAAUAGAUCUUCCAGAGCAGGAUUUAAAUAUUUCUGCUGGGACUUCUCCUUCCAGUCUGAACAUACUAGUGGUGAUUGAUACAAAUAUAAUGAUUAGUCACCUUGAGUUUGUCAAGUCCCUAAAAUCUAAGGAUAUACCAGGGGUUGGCAAACUUGCCUUGAUAAUUCCCUGGGUUGUUUUACAAGAGUUGGACAACUUGAAGAAGGGGAAAAUGUUACUGCAUGUUCGACAGAAAGCUAUUCCUGCAGUCCAGUUCAUCUAUAUGUGUCUCAAAAAUCAAGAUUCAAAAUUGUGGGGGCAAUCCAUGCAACUUGCUUCACAAAAAAUAUAUGGCCUGAGUGAUGAAAACAAUGAUGAUCGUGUUUUACAAUGUUGUCUGCAAUACCAGAGCCUCUUUCCUCAAGCUGUUGUUAUACUGUGCACAGAUGACAAAAAUUUAUGCAAUAAAGCCAUUGUGUGUGAAGUCAAGGCACUCUGUAAAGUGGAUUUGGUUACUGCUCUACUGAACCUGAAUGUAAACAAUCUUAAGAACUGCCUUGAACUGCAGCAGUCGAAAUGUGAUACGGAAUUCCAGAAAACAAAAGAAAGUGAUGCUCAUCUUACUUCUCCAUUUCCGAAUAUAAUUCCAGAUCUUGAAAAGAACUUAGGAGAAGCUUUAUCUUGUAUUUUGGAGACUGAAAUGAAAAUUGCAUUUGGAAACCUAUGGAUGGAGAUUCUAUAUUUGAAGCCACCAUGGACAUUAGCAGACUUAUUACAGUGUUACAAAAAACAUUGGGUGGCUGUUUUUGGUUAUGUUGUGCCAAGGAGCUUACUUGCAACUAUUGAAUUUCUCUAUAAGCACUUUUGUACAGGUAAGACACUAGACACCUCAACAGCUGUUAUCUUGCUCCAGGAAACCAAGAAAUUAUUGCAUGCUUUCAGUUUGAGGUCUGACUAUGAUGGAGUACUGCCCCGGGCUUAUGAGAAAGUGAAUAAGCUAUACCAAACAUUUACAGAGGUGAGGUCAGACAGUGAGCAGAAUUUAUCUGAAGACAUCGCGGUUCUUUCAAAAAGUUCUCCAUGCGAAAGAAUGGAAGAAACAACACCAAAUCUUCAAAACUGUGAAGAAAAAAGGCUACCUGCAAGCACACACGAUGCUCAAGAAAACAGGCACCAGGAAAUCUGGUCAGUCCUUGAAGGUGUAUGGAAUACAAUGAAUUUGUACAGGCUUGAAAUUUUCCAGAAGUUGGAGUCCAACACAGUAAUUGCAAAAUCUUCAUUUGAAGAAGCUUUUUCAGGACUGCAGAAACUGUUAGCGGCUGUGAAUUAUAUCCUUGAAGGAAUUUGUAGAGAACUAGGAACACGGCUGGCUUGUUCAUCCAGCUGGGGCCUGGGGACAUACAGUCAAUGGAGAGUUCUGGCCCCAAACAGUAGUUUCCAAGAUAUCUGGACACUGUAUAACUUCCUCAUAAGCAGUGAGAGGAAGAUUAGAGGUGGGUUGUUGUCAGCUGGCCGAGCUGGACCACAGCAUCAAGCAGCGUCAUGCAUCUGUACACAUGGAAGCAAAGAACAGGGGGUGGCUUUGACACCAGCAAGGUCUGGAACCACGGCACUCGCCCUUCGAUUUUGGUGUCCAAAUGAAGUCAGGGAAGUGGUGGGAGGGAAUACUCAAGAAGCCAAAACUGCCUUUUUUUCUCAAUGGUGCUGUUUUAUAAUUGAGUUUAAGGGAAAAAAAAAAAAAAAAAAACUUUUGACUCUAACUAGUAGCAUUUCCUGUUUCAAGUGAAGAUCUGCAGACUGAUAAAAGUUUUGCAAUAUACCAAGUUGGAAGUUAGAGCUGUUACUAAUGAUUACAUGGUUUAUAUAGAAAAAUGAGUAAGUCUGUUUUUUUUCUGGAUUUUUUUGGAAGUAAACUGUUGGGGGACAAAAGAAAAAACGAAUGUUAUGAUAUUCAAAGUUCUUGAAAGGACUGGAAUGAGCACAGUUGAAUGCAAAGCCUUAAAGCCAUGACGCUUGCCACUCCUAUGGGUAGGAAGAAUUGAAACACAGAUGCAACGUGUGUGGCCUGUAUACUGCACUAUGUAAGGCUAGAGAGAGAAGAUAAGAAGUGGAUUGAUGUUUACUGUCAUGUAGGUGUUUGUCCUCUUUAGUGCUUUUGUCGGAAUAUCCAGUAUACCUUUUCCAUUCAAAAUUCAAAUCUGUUAAAAGCAUUGAAACCAGAAACGUGUAUAAUUAGGCAUGUGAAUUAUACUUAAAAAAAAAAAAAAGCAAACGUGAAAUGCUAUCAAAUUGAGAUGAAAGUAAAGUAGUGUUUUUCCUUUUUUAAAAUAUCCACUUUAUCUUCAAACAGUAGAAACUUGCUAGAAAAACUCUUCUGGUGAAUUUCUCAUUCUUCUCGUCUUUUCUUGUAAAGGCACAAGCAUCUCUUUCCCUAUGUGUUAUACCUGUGAUUUGUCUCAUCUCCGCUUUCAGGUGACAACUCUAUUUAAAUCUAUUACUUGUUGCUCUCCAAAACUGCUUUAAAGUAAGUCAACAAAACUUUCUAAAAGCCAUUUUCAAUGCUGCUGUGGCCUUUAAAGCUACCUCUUUUAUGUAUUUGUACUGAGAUGAGAUGACUGGUUAAGUCCUACAAGUGUUUAUUUUGAUAUUAACUUUUGGAUGCAUUUGUAAAAUGUUUAUUGUAAACAUUUAAUAUAUUGUUACAAUAAAUGUCAGUUAAUUUUCAGUGACAGCA